AUGAAGAGCACAACAACACUCGGUUCUGGUGAUAAAGCCAUAACUGUUGGAAAAAUUGGCCAUGGCCUUAUGAUGAUGACCUGGAAACCAACUCCAGUGCCAGACGACGAGUGUUUUGAGGCCAUUAAAGCAUCUUUAGACUCGGUGCCACUCGGCACAAAAAUGGUACUGAACAGCGGCGAGUUCUACGGCAUUAGUCCUCGUGAAGCAAACCUUGAGUUAAUUGCACGAUUCUUUGAGAAAUAUCCAGAGUAUGCAGAUAAAGCGUUCCUCUCCGUAAAGGGUGGUUCAAAAGCCGAAUCACUUCAGCCUGACUCCUCUCCGGCAAACUUGAAACGCAGCGUCGACUGCAUACUCGAGAAGCUUCGUGGAACAAAACGGCUCGACCUUUUCGAGCCCGCCCGCGUGGAUAAGGACUAUGCCAUCGAAGAUACUAUCAGAGUCCUCUCUGGAUUUGUUGCUGAGGGCAAGUUCGACUAUAUCGGCCUGUCUGAGUGCAAGGCGUCCACACUCAGGCGUGCUAAUGCUAUUCACCCAAUCGCGGCUGUUGAAAUUGAAGUUAGCCCUUGGUCAUAUGACGAUCAGGUGAAAGAGGUUAUUGCGGCCUCCCAGGAGGUUGGAGCCAUUGUAUGCGCUUACUCACCUCUCGGCCGAGGCUUCCUUACUGGAACAAUCAAGAGCAUCCAAGACUUUGAAGAUGGCGACUUUAGGAAGCAUCUGCAGCGAUUCCAGGAAGAGAACAUGAAACAUAACCAAGCGAUUGUUGACGGUGUGAAGUCCCUGGCUGAGAAGAAGGGCAUCACGCCGGCUCAACUGUGUAUUGCCUGGGUUUCUGCCUUGGGUCCACACGUUGUCCCCAUCCCCGGGUCUUCGAACGAGAAGCGGACGAAGGAGAACAAUGCUGCAGCAGACAUUCCAAUGUCUGCUGCUGACGUGCAAGAAGUGCAGAAGAUUCUGGAUGAGCAUCCGGUCAAGGGAGGAAGGUAUGGCCCGGGAAGUGAUGAGGUCUACCACCUGUGGGGUUGAAAUUUGAUUAGGGGUUUGAGAACAAGGUCCCGAUUAAGCAUCACUGUGUAACGAUUCAGUACAUGUACUACAU